AUGCUCUAUUUGUUUACAUCGGCAUUUCUAAAGCAUCCAAGGACUCCUACAAGUGCGCCUGGCAUUGACUAUCAGUCUGCAGAUUCUGAACAUCUGAUGAAAAGAAUGCGUGUAGGCCAGCCAGAUGAGGUGUCAUUCUCUGGUGCAAGCCAUCCUCCCAAUGUUUACAGUCAAGAAGACCUCCCCAAACAAGUUGUUCGCACACUCAAUCAGGGUUCUAAUGUUAUGAGCCUAGAUUUCCAUCCUGUUCAACAAACUAUUCUUCUAGUUGGAACAAAUGUUGGUGACAUCGGGAUAUGGGAAGUUGGUUCACGCGAAAGGAUAGCACACAAGACAUUUAAAGUUUGGGACAUUGGCUCCUGUACCUUGCCAUUGCAGGCUGCACUAAUGAAAGAUGCUGCAAUAUGUGUCAAUAGGUGUCUGUGGAGCCCUGAUGGAAAUAUUCUAGGUAUGGAAACAGGCAGUUCAGCUAACGGGAUGAAUCUGAAAAGCUGA